UAAAUCCUCUGCAGGUUUCUCUCCAUUUAGGAAAGAAGGAAGACAAAAGAUUGUCGAGUUUGUUCAAAAUUGAUAGAAACGAAAAGCUAAGUGAAAAACCGCUCUCUUGCUGAAGUCAUGGGAAAAGUUCAAGGUGUGGUGUUACUGUGGCUGGCGGUCAUUGGAAAGCUUCAAGCAAGAACUAAAUCUUUCCAACAUAGCGUUGGGUUUGACGUGACCUAUGAGCCUCAAGUUCUUGAUUAUCAGUCAGAACUGCAGGACCAGAGUCCCGUUUUCCAGUCUGGUGUUUUCAGCUACCCAUCAAACUAUCUGAAGAUGACUUUUCAAAAUACAAGAUCACAAACGCCUCAGAAUCAACAAAAUGCCCAGCCCCAGCUGCCAAACAAUGAGCCCAAGUUUAGCCCCCAGUUACAGAUCUACCGGGAAUAUCCUCAGCCCCAAGACCCUGUUUACCUGCCAAGGUUGCAGUUCCAGGCAAACAGCUUUCAGCAAAGAUUUCAGCGCCACAUACCCAGCCAAGAGGAUCUGGGGCCAAGCUCCAAGCAGCCAGCACCCAACCACCAACAGAAUCCUGAGUCCCAUACAUCCAACCAAGAGGAGCUGGGGCUGAGCUCCAAGCAUCCAGUACCCUACCACCAUCAGAAGCCUGACUCUCAAACAUCCAGUCAAGAGGAGACAGGGCCAAGCUACAGGCAUCCAGCGCCAGACCACCAAAGCAGGCCUCUACCAAAUGUUCCUGGUCACCAACACAGGCCAGAGUCCCACGCACCCAUCAAACAACAAAGGCCUGAGCUCAACAUACCAAACCACCAGCAGAGAUCUCUACCCCAUGGACCUAUCCAUGCACAGUCCGAGUUCCACUCUCCCAGCCAAGAGCAGAUGAGACCAAACUACAGCAAUCCAGCACCCAACCACCAUCAGAAGCCUGACUCUCAAACAUCCAGUCAAGAAGAGCCGGGGCCAAGCUACAAGCGUCCAGCAGCCGACCACCAGCAGAGAACACUGUCCCAUGUAUCCAACCACCAGCAGAGUCCAAUGUCCCAUGUAUCCAACCACCAGCAGAGUCCAAUGUCCCAUGUAUCCAACCACCAGCAGAGUCCAAUGUCCCAUGUAUCCAACCACCAGCAGAGUCCAAUGUCCCAUGUAUCCAACCACCAGCAGAGUCCAAUGUCCCAUGUAUCCAACCACCAGCAGAGGCCAGUGUCCCAUGAAUCCAACCACCAGCAGAGGCCAGUGUCCCAUGAAUCCAACCACCAGCAGAGGCCAGUGUCCCAUGAAUCCAACCACCAGCAGAGACCACUGUCCCAUGUAUCCAACCACCAGGAGCUGGUACCAAGCUACAAGCGUCCAGCAGCCAACCACCAGCAGAGACCACUGUCCCAUGUACCCAGCCAACAGGAACCGGGGCCAAGCUACAAGCGUCCAGCAGCCAACCACCAGCAGAGACGAUUGUCCAGUGUAUCCAACCAACAGGAGCUGGUACCAAGCUACAAGCAUCCAGCAGCCAACCACCAGCAGAGACCACUGUCCCAUGUACCUAGCCAAGAGGAACUGGGACCAAGCUACAAGAGUCCAACAGCCAACUACCAGCAGAGACCGCUGUCCCAUGUACCCAGCCAAGAGGAACUGGGGCCAACCCCCAAGCAUCCAGCAGCCAACCCCCAGCAGAGAACACUGUCCCAUGUAACCAGCCAAGAGGAACUGGGGCCAAGCUACAAGCAUCCAGCAGCCAACCCCCAGCAGAGAACACUGUCCCAUGUACCCAGCCAAGAGGAACUGGGGCCAAGCUACAAGAGUCCAACAGCCAACCACCAGCAGAGACCACUGUCCCGUGUAUCCAACCACCAGCAGAGACCACUGUCCCGUGUAUCCAACCACCAGCAGAGACCACUGUCCCGUGUAUCCAACCACCAGCAGAGACCACUGUCCCAUGUUUCCAACCAUCAGCAGAGGCCUGACUCUCAUACAUCCAGCCACCAGGAGCUGGUACCAAGCUACAAGCGUCCAGCAGCCAACCACCAGCAGAGACCACUGUCCCAUGUACCCAGCCAAGAGGAACUGGGGCCAACCCCCAAGCAUCCAGCAGCCAACCACCAGCAGAGACCACUGUCCCGUCUGUCCAGUGAAGAAGAGCUGGGGCCAAGCUACAAGAGUCCAGGAGUCAACCACCAGCAGAGACCACUGUCCCGUCUAUCCAGUGAAGAAGAGCUGGGGCCAAGCUACAAGAGUCUAGGAGUCGACCACCAGCAGAGACCACUGUCCCGUGUAUCCGACCACCAGCAGAGACCGCUGUCCCUUGUAUCCGACCACCAGCAGAGACCGCUGUCCCGUGUAUCCAACCACCAGCAGAGUCCAAUGUCCCAUGUAUCCAACCACCAGCAAAGGCCUGAGUCUCAUACAUCCAGCCAACAGGAGCUGGUACCAAGCUACAAGCAUCCAGCACCAGGCCACCAGAACAGACCUCGACCUUUUGUUCCCGAUAGCCAACAGAGGCCCGAGUCCCACACACCCAUCCACCAACUAAGGCCUGAAUUCCACAUAUCAAGCCACCAGCAGAAAUCUCUAUCCCAUGUACCUAUCCAUCAGCAGCCUGAGUCCCAUGCUCCCAGCCCAGAGCAGAUGGGACCAAGCUACAAGCAUUCAGAACCUGAUGACCAGCAUAAACCACUACCCCAUGUACUCAGCCAUCAGCACAAGGCUGAGUCCUCUGCACCCAGCCACCAGCAAAGGCCUGAGUCCCACAUACCAAGACACCAGCAGAGGUCUCUAUCCUAUAUGUCCAGCCACCAGCAGAAACCUGAGUUCCAUGUAUCCAGCCAAGGACAGCUGGGACCAAGUUCCAAGUAUCCAGUACCCAACAACCAGCAUGGGCCUCUAUCCUAUGGUUCUGGCCAGCAACAGAGGUCUGGUUCCCAUGUACCCAGCCACCAACAAAAUCCUGAGUCCUAUGUACCCAUCCACCAACAGAGUCCAAAGUUCCAUGUACCUAAUAACCAGCAGAGGUCUCUAACUCAUGUACCCAACAGCCAACAAAAUCCAGAGUCCUUUGUGCCCAGCAGCCAACAGAAGUCUCAACUUCGUGUGCGUAGCAAUCAGCAGAGAUCUCAAUCUCAAGUGCCCAGUCUCCAGGAAAGGCAACAGUCCAGUGCACCAACUCAUUACCAGAAAUCUCAACCACAGCAGAGGACUCAGUCUCGUAUACCAAACUACCAGCAGAGGCGCCAGGUAUCCAGCCACCAGCAAAGGCAACAGUCCAGUGGACCCAAUCACUACCAGAGACCUAAACCACAGUGGGGAUUUCAGCCUCGUAUACAAAGUCGUUACCAGAGUCUUUCACCCCAGGCAUCCAGUCACUUCCUAAAACCUCAACCACAGCUAAAGCCGCAGCCCCAGCUGCCUAUUUACACAAGACUACCUCGAUCUUUCAUCCUGGAGCCCCGUGGACUCAGCUACAAGCUGGAUCAACAGCCACAGAUGAGGUCUCAGUCCCAAUCAAGAUUUGAGCUGCAGACCAAGAACCUCCAGUCCAAUGGGCCAGGUCAUAAGUCAAGCCCUUGGUCCCAAGGUCUCCACUAUAAGCAGAGUCCUCAAACCCACAGCCACCGCCUUAUGAAACCCCAGCCCCAAAGACCUGAACCUGAGCAGCCAGUCUAUCAGCAAAAUCCAGAGUCCCAGUUGUUGAGUCUCCAACAGAAGUCUCAGAGGUCUCUAGGUGGACCUCGGCUUGAAACGUUCAGCUACCAGGACAGCUCUUCGCUCCCGAAAAAUAAUCAGCAACGAUGGUCCAACAAUAACCAGCACAGACCUGACUCCGAGAGGCCCCUUUACCAGAGAACCCAACAAGAACCAAACCACCAGCAGAAUCCUUGGCUCUGGUCUCAAAACUACAAUUCAAAUAAGUUUGGAUCUUAUGCUGCUGCCUAAACUGAAGAUGAAAUCAAAGAAUUUUAAAGUGGGUUUAACCCUUGAGAUGACUUACAAAAUCUACAAUAAGUAACUGCAUCUAAAGGUUACACACAAUUUAAUUUAAAUUACUUUGAAAGUUCA